AUGAGCACGUUUUUAUAUGUUGGACAUCCAUAUGUCUUCUUUGGAAAAGUGUCUGUUUAUCCUCUUACCCCAUUUAUAGAUAGGGUCACUGGAAUUUUUGAAGAAUAUGAUGAUGGUUAUAGCUCAUCUCAAAGAAGAAAAUGUUUGAGUUACUUCCAAGAUAAUUAUUGGAAGAAAAACCGUGGUCAUUAUUAUCAUGAUGAAUAUGAAUCUAACCCUUCACAUCUUAAGGAACAAAGAAAGAAGAUGAAGGAUAUCCACAGGGACUUCCACGUAAGAUACAUGCCCUACACCAUCAGACACAAGAGGAGAGUGAGAUGGCAAUGCGAAGGCAAUAUCAGUGUUACUGUGUGGACAGAUGAAAAAUCUCCAGAAAUUAAAACAGGAGAUAAUUCACAAGAUGAAAGCCUGGGGAAAUGGUUCAAGAUCACAAUUCCCUAUGGGAGAAAGUAUGACAAGAUGUGGCUCAUUACUACCAUCCAGAGCCAUUGCAGUGUAUCCUUUACUCCAGUGGAUUUUCACUAUGUGAAAAGCCGGGCUCGGUUUUUCAUCCAGGAUCCUAGUGUUGCCUGUGCAUUGAGGGAUGUCAGCUGUAAGAUUCUUGAUGAAGAGAACCAAAAGAUUUGUAUCUUUGUCAGUCAAUCUUUUGAGCCCUUCUCUGUGCGGAAUAAACUGAAGCCAGAAGAAAUGGAGCAGCUAGAGCUGACCAUGAAAAAAAGGUACGACGAUUCCCAAAAAUCUCUUGAUCUCCGAAAGCUCCGCUAUGACCCAGACUUGGUGAACCAUGCUAUUGAUAUAGUCCUGAAUAGAAGAAACUGCAUGUUUGCUGUCCUGCAGAUCAUAGAAAGGAGUUUCCCUGAGCUGUUGUCUUUGAACUUGUGCAAGAACAAACUGCACCAGCUGGAUGGCUUGUCUGAUAUUACACAGAAGGUCACCACAAUCAAAAUCCUGAACCUCUCCAAAAAUGAACUGAAGUCGAUGUGGGAGCUGAGCAAGAUAAAAACACUGAAGCUUGAAGAGCUGUGGCUGGAAGGGAACCCAGUGUGUGGAACCUUUCCAGACAAUUCCUCCUACAUAAGUGCCAUUCGGGAUUAUUUUCCCACACUAUUAUGUCUGGAUGGCCUGAAGUUAUGCCAGUCAUUUAAUGACAGUGUUUCCCACUCGAACCUUUGCAAGAAAAAAGAAGAAUCAGAUUCACUGAAGAAUAUGAUUAUGCAUUUCCUUAAGCAGUAUUUCUGGAUUUAUGAUUGUGGAGAUCGGCGAGGGCUCCUGGAUGCUUACCAUGACGAAGCCUGCUUCUCUCUGUCUAUUCCCUUCAACGAUGAAGAUCCAUCUUCAAACCACUUGUGUGAGUAUUUAAAGGACAAUAGGAAUAUGAAGAUACUCAAGGACCCUGAUCUGCGGGCACAGCUGCUAAAGCAUACAAAACAUGACAUUGUCCGUUUCCUCUGCGUAUUGCCUCAGACAGAGCAUGACCUCGACACCCUUAUGAUAGAUGUGUGGAUGCAGUCGGAAACCAUGAUCUGUUUUUCUGUCCAUGGGAUGUUCAAAGAAGCUCCCAGAGAACAGCUGUUCCCAUUUUUCAUGAAUAACAAGUAA